UCUCUCUCUCUCUCUCUCUCUCUCAAUCGCCGACGGUGCCGUUCUUCGUUUGCUUCUUCCUUCUUUUGGGGUGCGAUCAUGGGGAACGUCAGGAGCAGGCCGGAGUCGAUUGAGCAGUGGAGACGCCAUGGAAGUAGGACGAGAGCGAGUCUUCCGUCGCAGGCCCUCGAUUCAGGUCCUGCUCUGGUUUCAGGUACACCGCAACAGGCAGAGGAACUUGAGAUAUGUUAUGACGACAUCGAAUCCAGUCCGCCUGAAGACAGCAGAACGGUCCUUAUGCGUGGGGGUUUAGGACUGAUGGAGACUCCGGAGGUCACGCAGUGGCAGAGUUUCACAGAGAUUUACUUGAUGGAAAAUCAGUUGACUGAGUUACCCGAGGAUCCUCCUCUGUGUCCUCUACUUUUGGUAUUGUUUCUGAAUAGAAAUUACAAGCUCAGAACGAUUAGUCCCUCUUUCUUUGAUUACAUGCCUGCUCUGGAAAUCUUGAAUUUGUCCCGAACUCGGAUCAAGUCCUUGCCAGAUUCUCUGUUCAGGUUAAGCAGCCUCAAAAGACUAUUCUUAAAUCAUUGUGAGCUAUUGAUGGUGUUACCUCCGAAAAUUGGAGAACUUCAGCAGCUUGAGGUACUUGAUCUUGAAGGGACUGAGAUCAUGGAUCUGCCAAAGGAGGUUGCGAAGCUAACAAAGCUCACUUGCUUAGAAGUAUCUUUUUGUCCACGCGUCAAUCGUGGCACCAAAUCUGCGAAAGCAAAUGCAUUGAUUCCUCAAGGCACUAUUUCUGCGCUAUCCCAAUUAGAAGAGCUAAGUAUUGAUGUAAAUCCAGAGGACGAGAGGUGGGAGAGUGUUGUGGAAGCUGUUGUUGACGAUGUUUGUGGCUUGUUGAGGCUGGAUACACUUAAACUGUACUUUCCACAAGUGGAACAUCUAAGGAAAUUCAAAUGGUUUGGUACAUCAAAGGUGUCUAGAUCAUUGUCAUAUUUCAAAUUCAAUGUUGGCGAUCACGGUGAACGCAUCAUGUCUCGUCUCCCGGUGGAUCUUGAGUUUGAGUUAGAACACUGGGAUAGAUCCCUGAAAUAUGUAAACGGUGUGGGUGUGCCCAGAGAAAUCCAGAAGAUGCUCUGGCAUACUACUGCAUUUUUCUUAGACCGCCAUACGGAUGUCAUUAAGCUAUCUGAUUUUGGGAUUGAGAACAUGGAGCGACUGAAAUGCUGCAUAAUUGGGGAGUGUAAUGAGAUUGAGGUCAUUAUUGAUGGAACUGACAUGUACAAUGAAGCUGAUAGAAGUGAAAUUGUAUUGGAAUCAUGGGAGGAUGGUAAGAGGUUUCUCGGAUCACUUGAGUAUCUCUACGCAUAUCAUAUGAAGAGUUUGAGGACCAUUUAUGAGGGGCCAAUAAAUCGAGGAUGCUUGUCUCAUCUUAAAUGCUUGGCCUUACUCACAUGUCCUCGGUUGACUACUAUAUUCACGCCUGGCCUCCUGAUAAACCUGGGUAGCUUAGAAGAGCUCAAAGUCGAAGCCUGCUCCCUUGUCUUUAGUUUAGUGAGGUGUGAUGAUGCUUCUUUUUACAAGAGCAUUUACUUCCUCCCCAAGUUGAAAAAGAUAUCCUUAUUCUCAUUGCCUGAACUCAUUAGCAUUUCCAGUGGCUUAUGCAUUGCACCAAGCUUGGAACGAAUGAGCAUUAUUGAUUGUCCGAAUCUCAAGAGUCCAUCACCUGAUGAAAUCUGUUGCAAUCAUCUGACAGGAACUAAAGAACAAAGCAUUCCAAAUGAUGCAAGCAGAGAGCAGCCUGCACCUCCUGUGGUUUCAUUGACGACCACUGGUAAUGCAGACCCUUCAACUUCUAUGGGGAGGACUGCCUUUCCUAAUGUUUCGCAGAAACCCAGCAAUCUCAAAGCCUUCACUGUUUCAGAACUCAAAUCAGUCGCCAAGAACUUCAGCCGCUCUGUCAUGAUUGGAGAGGGUGGAUUUGGGUCUGUUUAUAGGGGUACAAUCAAGAUUACAGAAGAUCCAUCUAACAAACUUGAAGUGGUUGUGAAGCAGCUGGGCUGGAAAGGAACCCAGGGACAUAAAGAAUGGGUGACGGAAGUUAAUGUUCUCGGUGUGGUUGAGCAUCCAAAUCUUGUAAAAUUAGUUGGAUACUGUGCCGAGGACGAUGAAAGGGAAAUUCAACGGCUUUUGGUAUAUGAGUAUAUGCCGAAUGGAAGCGUUGAUGAUCAUUUAUCAUCUCGCUCCCAAAAACCCCUUCCAUGGGAAAUGAGACUAAGAAUAGCUCAAGAUACUGCUCGUGGCCUGACAUACUUACAUGAGCAGAUGGACUUCCAGAUAAUUUUUAGAGAUUUCAAAUCAUCAAACAUUUUACUGGAUGAGCAAUGGAAUGCCAAGUUGUCGGACUUUGGAUUAGCAAGACUCGGACCUCAAGAGGGUUUCACUCAUGUAUUAACAGCGGUUGUGGGAACCAUCGGAUAUGCUGCUCCUGAAUAUCUGCAAACUGGCCGUCUCACAUCGAAGAAUGAUGUAUGGAGCUAUGGGGUUUUCCUCUAUGAACUAAUCACCGGGAGGCGUCCUUUAGAUCGUAACCUCCCCAAGAGAGAACAGAAGCUUUUAGAAUGGGUGAAGCCACACCUAUCAGAUCCAAAGAAGAUCAAGUUGAUAGUGGAUCGCAGGCUUGAAGGGAAAUACCAGGUCAAGUCUGUGUACAAGCUUGCAACGGUAGCCAACAAAUGCUUGCAUAAAAGCCCAAAGUCACGCCCUAAGAUGAGUGAGGUGUUAGAGUUGGUGGACGAGAUUGUGAGGGAAUCAACUGGCAUGGACUCAUUGAAUAGUUUUAGGUCAGUAGAGACACAAGGGGAUACUGGAACGACAUUCUCCGUUUCUUGGACCCAAAGUCUUCCAUCCUCCAAACGCGAAAUGAGCUCUUCGGAGACAGAGACAGACUCGGAAUGCAGCGCUCAAUGAAGACGGCAAAAGGAUCAACAACCAGAAGCGUACGAAGGCUUCGGAUGUCAGUGUUUGUUUUCGAAUGGGCACAAAGGAGGGAGAGAUUUAGGGUAAUUCUGAGUUCUUUCUUGGGUCCUAAGUUUUAAGACCGUAUGCUGAGAUUCGCCAAGAUUAUGAUCGGAUAGCCUCGGAGACGUUCGUAGGAUACGACCGUUGGUUGUUUUUUCAGGUUAA